AGGUCUGAGCUUAGACGAGCGUGUAGCUGCAGGUCUGACCCCCUGAACGCUCCUCUGUGGACGGCAGCUUCCAACACAGAUCUGGACUAAAGAGAGCAGGGUUUUCUGGAGGAAGCGGGUCCAGAAGUGAGUCGUCAGUCGUAAACGUCUCCCGGUCAGUCAACUCGCGCUGAGGGGGGGGUUUAAUCUCCAGGAGCAGCUCUGUCAUGGAGGCGUGGUGCUUGCUGGACAACUGGACCAAGGAUCUUCAUGUGUCUCCGGGAUCCGUGGAGAGCUCUGAGGACAUGGACCGCUUGAACAGGAACCUACCGGAGGGUGGACGACAAAGUCACCAGGUGUUACAGAGCACCCCGCUGGACCUGAUCGAGAGCGGGAAGGGGCUGAAGUUCCAGGCAGAGCGCCCCCACCUGGUGAGCCUGGGUAGCGGACGUCUGAGCACGGCCAUCACGCUGCUGCCGCUGCCGGAAGGCCGGACCUCUCUGGGCCAUGGUCCCGUGGACAUCAACAUCCAGGGUCCCGGGGUGGCAGCGCAGCACUGUUUCAUCCAGAACCAGUCCGGGGUCAUCACGCUGCACCCCUGUGGGAACCUGUGCUCCGUCGACGGGCUCCAGGUCGCACAGCCCACCCGUCUGUCACAAGGCUGCAUGCUGUGUCUGGGCCAGUCCGCCUUCUUCCGCUUCAACCACCCUGAGGAGGCCUUCAGGAUCAAGACCAUGAUGCCCCAGGGCAGAGGCCUGUCCCCCCGAGCAGACUCGGAGAGCUUGGUCAAUGGGAAUCACCAGGUGGGUCCAGUCCGGGGUCCAGUCCGGGGUCCAGUCCGGGGCCCCCCCGCUGCUGCAGAGAGAGGCCAGUCCGAGCACAGCGCCAUUGUCAGCUCCAUCGAGAAGGACCUCCAGGACAUCAUGGACUCGUUAGUCAUGGACGACCCGGAGCUGUCCUCCUCCGACCUAAAGAAGCCCCCAGGGGGCCCCUCCGUCCCCCACUCCCCCCUGUCCCCCAUGCUGAACGGGGGAGGGCGGUACCUGCUGUCCCCCCCCACCAGCCCUGGGGCCAUGUCUGUGGGCUCCAGCUACGAGAACGCGUCCCCUCCGUUCUCCCCCCUGUCGUCCCCCUCGGCGGCCAGCAGCGGCAGCUUCACCAGCCCCUCUCCCAGCGGCCCCCCCCUGGACCAGAGCUGCUCCUUGCCACCAGUGCCUGUUCGCUCGUCUAGCUACAACUUCAGCGCCCAGCCUGCACCCGCCCCCCUCCCUUGGACCGUAUCGCCAAAUAUGAGCAGCGCCGGGGGGGUCCCGAAGGUCCAGGAGAGCCCCCGGCUGCAGCGGAGGGUCCUAGCGGAUGCUCCUCCCAAGCCGGCCCGCCGAAGCCAGGACGGGCCUGAGAGUCCACGCCAGACCCCCCUGAUGUCCUCCAGCGAGUCCCUCAGCGGUAGAAACGUGCCAAGCAGCCCCCGCCUCACCCCCAAGUUCCCCCACUGCCCAUCGCCAUCGCCCAGGACCAAGGCCCCCACCAUGCUGCAUGACCGGCCCGCCAGCCCUUUCAGAGAGCACAGCCCCCCCAGACACCUUUCCCAGAGUGCCAGAGCCUUCCAGCCCCCCCUGGACCCCGUCAUCACCGUCAUCCAGGGGUCCCCACGUCCCCUGCAGCCCCCUGAAAGUCCUCGCAUGGCCAGGAGGAACGCGGAGCUGAACGGGGGGACCAGCAGCAUGAGGGAGCUGCCUCCUCUGAGCCCCUCGCUGGCUCGGAGGGGGGUCCCGGUCCUCCCCGGGGCCCUGCCGGGGACAGUCCCCAUGUUGAAAACUCCAGAGAGCCCCUCAAGUUUGGGCAAGUUUGUCCCAGAGAGUCCGAGGCUUCGACGCAAGACCGGAUCCGCGUCGGAGGAGUCGCCGAGCAGCAGAGGGGUCCUGGCCCGCAGUCCGUCCCCCACCUCCAUGAUGACGGAUGGGGGCGGCGGCAUCGGGGGCCGGAAGGCCAGCUUUGGGAAUUCUCUGUCCCCCGCCUACAGUCUGGGCUCCCUGCCCGGAUCGUCCCCCUCGGCCAGCCCCAGAACCCGCCGGAAAAUGUCCGGUAGACCCCAACCCGCGAUGAGGGAGAGGAAGAACAGCAUCACGGAAAUCAGCGACAACGAGGACGAGCUGCUGGAGUACCACCGACGGCAGAGGGAGGAGAGGCUCCGGGAGCAGGAGAUGGAGAGACUGGAGAGACAGCGUCUGGAGACCAUCCUGAACCUCUGCGCCGAAUACAACAAAGGUGAGAGCGUCGGGCCGGAACCUCUGAGCUCGGGCAGGAUGGGUUUCCCGGGGACUCUGACCGACCGGAGACCGUCUCUGGAGAACGUCCUUGGUGGCCCGGCGGCCUCCCUCCGCCUGGCACAGAGGCAGAGGGAGAGCGACGAGGAGAACCUGAAGGAGGAGUGCAGCAGCACGGAGAGCACUCAUCAGGAGGUGAGGACGUCUGCUGCUCCCAGAUCCGCAUCAGCUCUGCUCAAUGGAGAGCUUCAGCAUGAGGACUCCUCCAGCUCAGGCAACACCAAUCGAUCAGAGCUGGGUUACCUGGAAGACGACAGGGUCCGUGUUCUGACUCGGAUAGAUGAGCUGAAGGCCAGGCUCACUGAGCUGGAGCAGCAGCUCCAGGAGUCCAAACAAGAGGCUGAGAUGGAGCGUGCCUUGCUGCAGGGCGAGAGGCAGGCGGAGCUGGAGCAGAUGGAAACCGAGACGGACAUCAUCGCUCAGCUGCAGCGCAAGCUGGAUGAGCUGGAGAGCGCCAUCCAGAGAGAGAAGGACAAGGAGAGGGCCCAUGUUGAGGCCGAGCGCCGGGCCCUGCAGAGACUCCAGGAGGGCUUUGCUGAGCUGAAGAACCAGCUCCACAACUGCCCCGAGUCCCUGCGGGAGCAGCUGCAGGAGCAGCUCAAACGGGACGGCGAGGCGCUGGAAGCGGGAACUAAGAGGUUCGAGGACCAGGAGUUCCAGCAGCUGGAGAGAGAGAGCAGCCUGGAGGAGGAGAGGGAGACCAUGAGCCAGCAGCUGCUGCAGGAGCGAGCAGAGUACCAGAGCAGCGUCGCCCGGAGAAAGGAGAAGGUCUCUGCUCUGGAGAACCAGGCCAACCAGCUGGGCCAGCAGGCGGCUCAGGAGUGCGAACGGCUGGCCAAAGACCGGACGCUCACGCUGCAGACGCUGCAAAAGGAGAAGGAGAGACUGACGGCCCUGGAGAAGAGAUACCACAGCCUGACUGGAGGGAAGAGCUUCCCCAAGUCUUCUACUGCCAUGAGGGAGGAAGUUCUCCACAUGGGAGAGGCGGAGCUGUUGUUGGACGUUCGCUCCCCUCAGCGCUCCCUCUGUGGAGCCUCCCCUUCCUUCUCACACGCCUCCCCUCCCUGCCAGCUGUACCCUGACAGUCCUGCAGAGGAGUACGUGACGGUGGGACAGGUAAACCUGAUGUUCGGGAUGCCGAAGGUGGAGUCCUCCCCGACCUCCCCGCUCCGCCAGCCCCUGCAGCCUGGAGCGGGAGACCCCGCCUUCUCCUACCCCUACUUUCUGCAUAGCUCCUCCCCCUCUCUGUCUAUGGAGCACCAGUCUGAGUCCAGUAAGCCCCGGCUCCCCAGGUUAGAUUUAGAGCACUGGUACCAGGAGCUGAUGGCCGGUUCUGGCCCGCUCGGCCCUCCAGCCAGGUGUGUGUCGGGCCGCAGGCCUGGUCUGCAGGUGUUCCGCUCUAAACUGGACAGCGACGGCGGCACGGUUCCUCAUCAGUUUAGGUCUGGAUCCACCGCGACGCUGGGACGCAACAGCCGCUCCAAGAGCCCCCAGCUGUUUGCCGGCAGCACUGGAAGUCUGCCCAGGAACCUGGCUGCAACCCUGCAGGACAUCGAGACCAAGAGACAGCUGGCUCUGCAGCAGAAAGAGUCCCUGAGCUCCAGACAGACGUCGGCAGAGGGAGGUUCAGCAGGUCAGCAGGUGAUCGAGGAGCAGCGCCGCCGUCUGGCCGAGCUCAAGCAGCGGGCGGCGGCCGAGGCCCAGUACCAGUGGGAGGCUCUGCACGGCUCCCAGCUCCUGGCCCCGUCCUCCUCCUCGCCCUCCUACUCCCCCCUGACGGCCUACGGCCACGCCGGCCCGUCUCCCAUGGUGCACCACUCCAUCCUGCACCACCAGCCCCUGUCGGCCGGGGAGCAGCCCUACGACACGCUGAGCCUGGAGAGCUCCGACAGCAUGGACACCAGCAUCUCCACGGGGAACAACUCGGCCUGCUCGCCCGACAACAUGUCCAGCAUUGGGGGAGUGGAGGCGCUGAAGAUCGAGGAGAUGGAGAAAAUGCUGAAGGAGGCACAACUGGAGAAAGCCAGACUGAUCGAGUCGCGGGAACGAGAGAGCCUGGCUCGCCGGCAGAUGCUGGAGGACGAGAGGAGGAGGAGAGAGGAGGCGGAGAAGAGGCUGCAGGACGAGACUUUCCACCGGCAGCAGCUCGUCGACAAGGAGGUCAAGAUGAGGGCCAAGAACUUCUCUCAGGCCCGGCCCAUGACCCGCUACCUGCCCAUCCGGAAGGAGGAGUUCGACCUGCGCUCCCACGUGGAGUCGUCGGGCCACAGCGUGGAGACGUGCUACCAGGUCAUCCUCACAGAGAAGAUGUGCAAGGGCUACCUGGUGAAGAUGGGGGGGAAGAUCAAGUCGUGGAAGAAGCGCUGGUUCGUGUUCGACCGCCUCAAACGGACCUUCUCCUACUACACAGACAAACACGAGACCAAGCUGAAGGGCGUCAUCUACUUCCAGGCCAUAGAGGAGGUUUACUACGACCACCUGCGCAGCGCCCACAAGAGCCCCAACCCCUCCCUGACCUUCUGCGUGAAGACUCACGACCGCCUGUACUUCGUGGUGGCUCCGUCGGCCGAGGCCAUGCGCAUCUGGAUGGACGUGAUCGUGACGGGGGCGGAGGGCUACACCCAGUUCAUGAACUGACCCUCCACCGGCCGGGGGAGUCACCACCCACGUCUGUCCCUGGUCCGGACCCAUGAGGGACACUCACACACACCUGUACAUAGACCCGGCCCUCACGGACUCAUCAACGCCUUUCUGUUGCCAAAAAGAGAUCUGGGACGUACUGGGGACAUUUUCUAUGUUUGUUUCCUUCAUUUCUUUUUUUUACUUGGAGAGAAAAAUUGCCAAAUGACAUGAAGCCAAUGUUUUUGUUGUCCAUCACGUGUCCUGGGUUUGGACAGAAGUAAUUGACACGUCUCGAGUCGAAGGCUGGAAUUGUUUCAGGAAUGUGUUUGAAGACAAACUGUCCUGGACACUAGAAGCUCUCGGAGCCUCGGAGCCAUCCCAUCAUCCUCUGGACACGCCCCUCUAUGACCAGGCCACGCCCCCCUGUGACAUGGCCACACCUCUCUGCAAUCAGGCCACGCCUCUAAGUGACCUGACCACGCCUCUCUGCUGCCAGGCCACCCCUCCAGUUUCACCGUGCAGGGUUGCACACUGCAAAAUCUUACCAGGAAUAUUUUAACAAGACUCAUUUUCAUCUUUUUAGAUUUUCACUUAAAAUAAGUAGAAAAAUCUGCCAGUGGAACAAGAUUUUUUUUGCUUGUAAUGAGAAGAUAAAUCUUGUUCCACUGGCAGAUUUUUCUACUGAUUUCAAGUGAAAAUUUACUUGAAACAGGUGAAAAUUGUCAAAUAAGUUAUUCUUCUGGUAAUGGCUAUUGUUUUAAGUGUAAUAAGAUUUUUUUGACUACAAAUGAGACAUUUUAACUAGAAAUAAGACAAAUAUUCCUGGUAAGAUUUAGAGUUUUUGCAGUGCAGUCAACAUUUCCGGUAAAACUUCCAGAAACGUUCCAGAAGGUUCCAGUGUGGACCGUUUCCAUGGGAACUGACAGGAAGCUUUAUUAAAGAAUAAGUUCCGUGACGUUGAUUUGUUUGUGAGCAGAACUGAAAUGAAUUCUGUCAAAAGGUAUAAUCACACAAAAUGAACAUAUCUCCCUUGAAAAAAGGUAAAAAAAAAAAAAGGUAGAAAAAAAGUUCAUCACCUGGGCCCAGCUCUGGCUUUUUGCCGUGCGUUGUAUCAACCAGAUGUGGCCCAGACUUCCCACACUAAUGUCCCACACAAGGGCCAGACGUGGCCCAGAGAACCAAAGAACAUGGAGAAGUGGCCAACUUCUGGUGGGGAUGUGGCCCGGUGCAGGCAGCCCAGCUCACCGGGAGUCCCUGCCGUUAAUCAAAGCCUGACCCGGGCCAGAAACCCUGCUGUGGUGCCGAGGGUCUGGGCCAGAAACCCUGCUGUGGUGCCGAGGGUCUGGGCCAGAAACCCUGCUGUGGUGCCGAGGGUCUGGGCCAGAAACCCCCGCUGUGGGGCCGAGGGUCUGGGACCCAAAUCAGUCCCUUUUAGCUUCAAACGGAGCCGCAUCCUCAACCUUUGCCGUCGGCCCCCAGUGAUGGUCACGUGAUCAGAUCAGAGAACGUCUGCAACCGCGUCAUUAACUAUCAAUGACGGUUGAUGGCGUGGGCCCAAAAGAACCCUCCUGGGAUCAACCCUGCACCCUGCACCACCCACUCCUGUGCCUUCACCACGUUCAGUCACGGAUGCCUCAACACGUCUCGUCAUGAGCGUGCAGGUUCCUAGGAGGUUUUCUACAGUACGUCACCCUGGAGACAUUUGUCCACAACAACAUUACAACCCCGUGUCAGAAAAUGUUGGGACCACAUGGAACAAAAAACUUUCAGUUUGAACACAAGAUAUUUAAUGUUUCUCUGAACUGUUUCAUUAAAUUUAUUAAGAUGCAUCUUAUUAUGUAAUUCAGACCAUUAUAGAAGUUAGUGAGUGCUCGUCAGGGGAAAGAAGGUGACGUCAUUUCAACCAGGUGAUUUGAUGGUUUCAUUAAAAAGAACUACCGUAUUGGCCCGAAUAUAAGACGACCCUGAUUAUAAGACGACCCCCUUUUUCAAGACUCAAGUUUGAAAAAAUACUUUUUAAACACCAAAUUACAUUUUUAUACAGAAAAUUAUUACAGUACAUCUGAAACAAAUGAUUAUAACAAUAGAUUUGAUAGAAAAAGCAUGUUAUUUUGCCUCCAUUCAAAUCAUGAUCUUGAAGUUUGCAUCAUAACUUCUUCGACCCACUUUUCUCCAGAUUGUCGCUACGUUUCUCCAUUUUCUGUUAUCUCUUCUGUUAUUUUCGUCUCUUUUCUUUCUUACCGCUAUUUUUAUUUUAUUCUUGGUGACAGGGGUUGGCUUUGGCCUGGGGAGUUAAGUUCAGCAUUGGCUUUAAAGAUAUCUGGCGCCAUCUAGCAUGGUGAAUGGGUAUAACGUCUAGACCCCAAAUGUAAGACGACUCCCACUUUUUCAGUCUUAUUUCAAAGCAAAAAACACAGUCUUAUAUUCGGGCCAAUACGGUAUUGGUAACUAUCUGAUACGAUCACACAAAUAAAGAUUGGUGUGGAAACCUGUCAACACAGAGCUACAUUCACUAUUGAUACUUCAUCUCUGGACUUGGAGGCAUCUAGGAUGAGCCAUCACCAUGGAAACAUGAAUUUUACAAACUGAGUACCACAAGGCUCUGUAUUGGGGCCUCUGCUUCUUUAAUUCUACAUAACACUGCCAUGUGGUGUUAAUACAAACAGCAUUCUAUAUGCAGAUGAUACUGGGAUUUAUGCUCCCAGCUUCAUAUUAACCCAGGGGUUAACCUCAUUCAUAGGCAACAUCUCUGGGCUCGGAGGCAUCAAGAGACAGGAAGAAGAGCGUGAAAUACAUUUGGUUCAUAACGUCUUCUAUGAGUAAAAGUAAAUGUCCAAGUUGCUGAGUCAGCAUCAGUUCACAUCUGGUCCCAACAUCCUGUGAUUGUGGGGUUGUACACCUGCAGCUCUGAGUAUUUGGGGGUCAUGAGGGCAGCGACCAGGCGGUACUGUCUUUUAUAACACAGUUUUUACUACAGAGGGCGGGGCAUCGCCGCGCCGUUGGCUCUCAACUGUUAAAACGGGUCGUAUCUUCAGGAGACCCGAGGACGUGAACUGCAGGAAUACUGACUAUUACAGCAGGACGGGGGCCGGCAAUAGGUGCCUUUCCUUCCCCUGAGAUGGGAGGUGCUGAUCAGCUAUUGAUCACCCUGCUGAACCUCCAUGUUAUUUUCCUGUGUGUUGGAGCGGAGGAUGGAUGUGAACGCUGACACACUGCAAAAACUAAAUCUUACCAGGAAUAUUUGUCUUAUUUCUAGUUCAAAUGUCUCAUUUUUAGUCAAAAAAUCUCAUUACACUUAAAACAAGAGUCAUUACCAGAAAAAUAACUUAUUUGACAAUUUUCACCUGUUUCAAGUAGAUUUUCACUUGAAAUAAGUAGAAAAAUCUGCCAGUGGAACAAGAUUUAUCUUCUCAUUACAAGCAAAAAAAUCUUGUUCCACUGGCAGAUUUUUCUACUUAUUUUAAAUGAAAAUCUACUUGAAACAGGUGAAAAUUGUUGUUUUUUUCCAGUGAUGAGUCUUGUUUUAAGUGUAAUGAGAUUUUUUGACUAAAAAUUAGAAAUUUUAACUAGAAAUAAGACAAAUAUUCUUGGUAAGAUUUGGAGUUUUUGCAGUGCAUCUACUGUGGCGGCGCCUCGGGUGGCAAGGCAGUGACAAAACCUUAAUAUAUUGUGUUAAAUGUGUUUAGCGCUGGUUUUUUGUACAUUAUCUGUGUUGAGAGGGAUGUGAACGCAGUGCUGAAACCAGACGGUGUGGUAUGAAACACGCUUUUUAACUGAUUGUUGUUUUAGAGCUUUUAUUGUCGGAUUCAAAACAGUACCUACACUUCACGGUACAACAAAUGUCUGCAGGUACAUAACCCACCACCACCCACACAACUCGUCUUUUUUUCUUUUUUUCUUUGUCAGACGCAAAAACAGACUCACAAUCGGCGCUCGGACCAUCCUGUAACUGGAACCGUCUGUCUCGUGUGUCACUGUCAUGUAUGAACAUGUGGAUUUUUGUCCCAUCUAUUAAACGACUAUCACAGAG